AUGGCCGCCGUUAUCACCAUCCAGUCCUCCUCUCCCGCUGCCUCUCAUCCUUCCUCCGCGGACCAUCCUCUUCUCCGUCAUCGUCAACCUGCAUCUUCUGCCUCCACUCCGCUCUCCCCUUCCUCCGCUAUCCUUCCCCCCACUGCCAAUCCUAUCGCCCGUGCACCGGGGCGGGAUGGGUCAAGCUGUGACGCCUGUCUCCGCAGAAAGAGUCGCUGUGCGAUGAACGAAAUGGUCAACAAGUGCUACUCGUGUGACUUUCACCGGCAGGAGUGUACUUUUACUCUGUCUGCUCCCAACGAUUCCAAGAAGAGAAAGCUCGACGAGUCGGAUGAUGUCGAAUGCGCCAAAAGGUAUGCCCAACAAUCUGUGUCUGUCGCCACCCCCGUCUCAUCAAAACAGGAAAACACCCGUCCGCACGGCAGUGUACAACACGUCUUGACCUCUGGAUUCUGGUCCGAAUCCUCCAAACAGAUUGGUUUGACUACCGAAUUGGAAAAUUCCCUCCUUGACUACAUCCCCCUAGACCACAACCAAGAAGGCGUUCUGCCCAAAUACCGAGUGCGAAAAUUCGACGACUACGGCACCUUUAUGCGCGUGAUGGACCCCUCGCAGGGGGAUUCCCAAACUGUCUCCCUCGAUGCCAUUGAGAGCCUGGUUGCUCCGUACGGUGCCACCCUGAUCGACAAGUACUUUGACCAUGUCCACCCCACUUUCCCUAUUCUCAUGGAGGAUGCAUUUCGCCAGUCCUAUCGGGCCCGAAAAGGCCUGUCGCCUCUGUUACUAUGCGCGGUUUAUGUGCUGGCAUUGAAGUUCGUCGACGUCGGCCCCGCUUCCCAAUCGGCGCGCCGGCCGGAUGUGCAACGUCUCGAGAGCACCGCCUUGAAGAUGUUCACGGAUUCCCUGCCACAGGCAACCAUGGCGACGAUCCAGGCCGGUCUUUUGCUGAUGGAGAGAUCUUCCUUGGCUACAUCGGCUCUGAACGCGCAGUUGGUCACGGCCGGCUUUGAGUUGGGACUGCACCAGGAUUGUUCCAAUUGGAAAUUGGAGGACUGGGAGAAGGGUCUGCGGAAACGCUUGGCGUGGGCGUUGUACAUGCAGGAUAAGUGGGCAUGUCUUGUCCACGGCCGUCCAUCCCACAUCUUUUCGUUCAACUGGACCGUCAAGGAUCUUGUCGAGCAGGAUUUCACUGAUGCCUUCCACUCGGAUGCGGAGGAGGGUGAUGACUCUUCCGUCGGCCAUGGUCCUCUUUACUUUUGCCACAUGGUUUCCUUGACCACCAUUAUCUCUGAUAUUCUCGAUCGAUUCUAUACCCUCCAGGCGAUUGAGGAGUUCAAAUCCGCGGGCGCCAACCGGACUCGAAUGAUCCUGGAACGGGCCAAGCCUGCUCAGAUCCGACUGAAGGAUUGGUUUGGACGACUACCCCCACAACUCAAGAUGGAGUCGGCCGGUGACAUUUUCGACACCAUCACCGAGGACAAUGCCCGAAAUGGCGCCCUCCACCUCUCCUACUUUGCCACCGAAAUCACCCUCCACCGAUGUAUUAUCCGCUCUCUCACCACGGACACCGCCGACGCCUACCUCUCCCACAUCUGCCGCUCCGCCGCCAAAACCCGCCUGAUCUCCGCCAUGGACUUUGUCAACCGACUGCGUCCCCCCCACCUGCGCUCCUUCUGGCCCUCUGCCUCGCGCAGCAACUUCUCCCUCAUCGGCUCUUUUGGUAUCCUCCUCCGCAUCUCCGCCCCGACCAAGGAGGAAUCCGAGUUCUACCGUCUGCGUCUGUGCGAGUACCGCUGGACGCUGAGCGUCAGCAAGAAAUACGCGCCUUUCCUGGACUUCUCCCUGGAGAGUUUGGACAACGGUACCAGCCUCGGCCAACACGUCCCGGCGAAACCCGGCAUCGACGAACUCAUGGCCAGUGCGGCAAAGCCCACCACCCGCGUCCCAGCAAGCAUCCAGAUCGACGAGUCUGUGCUGGAGAUCGAGCCCUCGCACGAUAGUGGGCUGGGUGGUACAUCAUCCGUUAUUUCAGGCCUUGCAUCACCAGCGACAUCAGUCAGCGAUGAUGACACACCGAUUCCACCUCUUUAA